AUGCUGCUGGAGAAUCAGGUCCCGUUGUUCGUCCUGUUGAACUUGUUUCAGCUAACAAAGCAGCCGAAUGAAUCGAGGGAUUUCGUAUCCAUGGUGGGCGAUUUUGUUAGCAAGAAAGGGCUGGGGCUUGGCUCCAUUGAAAUUGACAGUGAGGGUUGUUAUGGAAUGAUGCACAUAUUAAGCUUGGUACAUGGGCACUGGGCUCCUCCCAACUGGAGAAAGAUACCACAGCAAGACAAAAGGCUCAAAGCAGGAUGCAAGCGCAUAGUUUGUGCCACAAAGCUGAGACAAGCCGGAGUCAAGUUAAGAAGCGCUGUGGAGGGUGGAGGACGGCAAACCUUUUUGAAUGUCCAGUUCAAAGAUGGGACCUUGUUCAUCCCGACAAUGGAGGCCGAAGAUAGCAUGGAGUCGUUGUUGCGGAAUUUGAUAGCCUACGAGCAAUUGCGACCCAGGAACCAGCCGAGCUACGUCACUUACUACAUGACUCUGAUGGACUGCUUGAUUGAUACCAGAGCGGAUGUGGAGCUGCUUUGUCAGUGUGGGAUCAUCAGCAAUCAUCUAGGUGAGGACGAAACGGUCGCCACUCUGUUCAAAAGAUUGGGGAACCAAGUUGUCGUUCAUCAUGGCUACUUCACUUAUUCUGAUGUGUUUGAGAAAGUGAACAAACACUGUGGCAAGAAGUGGUAUAGAUGGGUGGCAAAGCUGAGACACGACUAUUUCACCAGCCCGUGGGCGCUUCUCUCGCUUUUAGCUGCGUUUCUUCUACUUCCUCUAACAUUCAUUCAGACUUUGUACUCUGGUUUGUCUUACUACAAGUGA